AUUUUUGGCCCACCCAGAGACUGGAUUUGCCUUCCCAGCCAUCGGGAGCAUGCAGGCCCAGAAGGACGCUCGAGUUGAGUUGGUUCACACAAUGAACGGCGCGCGCGACUCGUGUCCAACUGCCUAUGAAAACCUGGCGCUCCCCUGCCCGCAACCAACUAUGUGAAAGGGAAGGGGGGCCACAACCGCCCCGGUGUUUCUAUGGAUUACGAGAAAAGCGCGCCCAUUCAACUCCGUUCUCGAAUCUCGCAUCAAUAGCAUUUCCAAAAUGUCUCAUCUCGCGGUCGGUGCGGAUCAGUAGUCGCAACGUGUCUAAUCCCCAGCUGACCACUCUCUUCCUUGCACGUUUUUCCCAUGCGAUCGGCACUCGAAAUGUGUCCCGAAAUGGACUAGCGUUGAUUUGCCAGUGGUCAUGUCCCCAGACACAUCAGCUCCGGGGGGAGGUGUGGGCACAGAUCCUGCCAUUGACAACAAACGCAGCCCAUCUUCUUGCGAAUGUUUCUCCAUCAUGCGUCAAACGCAUGACCAUGGUAUUGUGCUCGGACUUGACACCCAAAACGAGUAAACGCGUUCCGCCAUGUGGGGUUGAAAGGACCGUCAUCGGCUUGUCCCCUCGGGUCGUUUUCCAGGCAGGGGCGCCUGGUUCCUCCUGACGUGCCCAACUCGGGCUGAGGGAGGAGGGUUGUUCGUGUUGUUCGCUGUCACUGAUUCAUCCUAUUACGCGCGCAGAAUAUCCGGUCAAGGCAGGAGAUGGUCCUGCAUUUGCCUGCAGUUUCCACUUGCGUAUUCAAAGGCCACAGUCCACCACCAGGGCGAAACCCCUGACAUGCUAAUUUUAGUUCGAUGAAGG